AUGUCUCGUAAAUGCUUCACUUUUCAAUACUUUUCACUUUUCUCUCUUUUUAACCCUAGAAACUCUUCACACUUAUCACUCUUUCACUUCACACCUUCACUCCCUCACUUUAUUGACUUGUGCAUAAUUCCUCUCUCUUCUCCAUCUCCAAAAUUUGCAGCAACAUCAGAGGCGGAGUCUUCAAGAGUUCAAGAACCCUUUGAUCGAACAAAAUUUCUUGAACCUGAGCAACAAGAUAGGUAUGAUGAGCUAAUUGGAAGGAGCAUUUGGUCUAAGAUAACUUUUGAGAUCAAUUCUGAAGGAGACUACAGGUCCUUAAGUGAUCAGUGGGCCAAACAUAAAUGGGAUACAUUCUUGAGCCCUCACUACAACAUAAAUAGUGAUGUGCUUCAAGAAUUCUAUGUCAAUGCAUUUCCCUCAGUAGGAACUACAUUCUCCUUCUCAACCAAGGUUGGGGGGAGGACGAUUCAAUUUCAUAGGGAUGCCAUUAGUGAAUUUUUGGGAAAUCCUCUAGUCUUUAAGGAAGGACAGAUGUUUCGAUAUUAA